UGGACCAAGAAAAAUGUUCCCAAGGUAACGGGACCUACGAAUGCGGGGUUUGUAAGUGUAGACCGGGACGAAGCGGCGAGUUCUGUCAAUGUGAUAAUAAGGAAGGGGAUACUGUGCAGCAAGAGGCGAAAUGUAGAAAGGACAAUGGUACAAAAGUUUGCGAGGACCAAGGUACAUGUAAAUGUGGCCAGUGUGUGUGCCUGAGGAACUACUUAGGUCCGUAUUGUGAAUGUAACAACAACAUGUGCAUCAAGCCAGGAAGCACGGAGAAAUGCAGCAAUCAAGGGCAAUGUACUUGCGGAAGAUGUCUAUGUAAGGACGAUUAUGAUGGUCAACACUGUGAAUGCCCUCCGAAACGCAAUUGUAAACAUCCGGAAACAGGGAUGGAGUGUAAUGGCCAUGGAACGUGUAAGUGCGGAAAGUGUGAAUGCGAACCCGACUAUGAGGGACCAACGUGCGGAGAGUGUCCUAAAUGUGAAAGGUGUAGCAAAUGCCGGUACAGAGACUGUGUCAAGUGUAUCGUAGAAAAUGAAAAGCAGACAGCCAUGAUCAACGAGACAGCUAUUCCGUUCGUGUGUCAGUCAAGCUGCCCGAAUCUUCUAGUCACAAUGGUCAACAAAUUCAAUGAUUCCGAUCCCUGUGUCUUCGUUGAGUCGAAGAAAUGUAUACGCAACUACUUAGUGGAGUGUUCAAACGAUACUGUCCGGCUCAACAUCGCCAACCAGAGAGAUCAUGGGCAAUGUAAUUGCGGAAGAUGUCUAUGUAAGGACGAUUAUGAUGGUCAUCACUGUGAAUGCCCUCCGAAACGCAAUUGUAAACAUCCGGAAACAGGGAUGGAGUGUAAUGGCCAUGGAACGUGUAAGUGCGGAAAGUGUGAAUGCGAACCCGACUAUGAGGGACCAACGUGCGGAGAGUGUCCUAAAUGUGAAAGGUGUAGCAAAUGCCGGUACAGAGAAUGUGUCAAGUGUAUCGUAGAAAAUGAAAAGCAGACAGCCAUGAUCAACGAGACAGCUAUUCCGCUCGCGUGUCAGUCAAGCUGCCCGAAUCUUCUUGUCACAAUGGUCAACAAAUUCAAUGAUCCCGAUCCCUGUGGUUUCAUUGUGUCGAAGAAAUGUAUACGCAACUACUUAGUGGAGUGUUCAAACGAUACUGUCCGGCUCAAUAUCGCCAACCAGAGAGAUCAAGGGCAAUGUACUUGCGGAAGAUGUCUAUGUAAGGACGAUUAUGAUGGCCAUCACUGUGAAUGCCCUCCGAAACGCAAUUGUAAACAUCCGGAAACAGGGAUGGAGUGUAAUGGCCAUGGAACGUGUAAUUGCGGAAAGUGUGAAUGCGAACCCGACUAUGAAGGACCAACGUGCGGAGAGUGUCCUAAAUGUGAAAGGUGUAGCAAAUGCCGGUACAGAAAAUGUGUCCAGUGUAUCGUAGAAAAUGAAAAGCAGAUCAACGAGACAGCUAUUCCGCUCGCGUGUCAGUCAAGCUGCCCGAAUCUUCUUGUCACAAUGGUCAACAAAUUCAAUGAUCCCGAUCCCUGUGGCUUCAUUGAGUCGAAGGAAUGUAUACGCAACUACUUAGUGGAGUGUUCAAACGAUACUGUCUGGCUCAACAUCGCCAACCAGAGAGUGUGUACGUAUCCCUCCGAUGCCUUGCUUAUCGUCCUCCCAAUCCUUGCUUGCAUUCUCGGAGUAGGGCUCUUAAUGAUCAUCAUUUGGAGGAUCUUGACUUCUUCUACGACAAGAUCGAAUAUCCGCGGUUUGAAUAUGAGACCCAGCACGGCAUAUUGAACACGGAGGACAAUCCGAUAUACAGAACCCCGGUGACAACCAAUCAGAAUCCAGUAUACAAAGGCGGCGCAACGGACUAAUCGAAAUCAAUAGACUGUUAGAAAAGGAAACGUAUAAAUACCCUGGCACCAAUUUCGCGUAAAAUGUCUCAUAAUCAUAGUUCAAUGAGCCGAAUUACUUCCUGAAACUUGAUUUAAUAUAUCAAAGGCGACUACAAAUUAAUUGGAAGAUUUUCAUCCCUGCCCACCCCCUUUUUACCCGCCACUCCUUAAAUUUUAUUGUCUCAUAUAAAAAUGUUGAAUUGGGGUCUGUAGAAGUGUAUCGGUCCAGUUCUGUCCGGGAACGGCGUUUAUUAAUAAAUUUGGUGUAGAUGUAUAACAAUCACGUUUUUAAAAGAUCAUUGUAACGAUCGUGUUUUUGGGUUCGUCUGGAAACACAUGUAUAUGGUCCCCUAUGCAGUUAUAAAGGAUGCAUAUUCAAAGGUGAAACAUUCAUUUCAGAAAACUGUAAGAAAUAAAAUGUCACCCAACGCCCCAAUCUAAAAGAAAAAAAAAUGAUGAAAAUCUAGCAAUUCAUUUUUUCGUUGGCCUAAACAUAGUUUAUAAGAGUUAUCCUCAAAAAAUGAGUGCCUUUAAAAAAAGUCUCAAAACUGCCCAAAUAGAUGAAAUUGAUACCAAAACAAAAAAAGUCUGCUAAGCUUGGUUAUUGAUAAAUAAACGUUGUUUUAAAACAAAGGGAGAAAUUAAAAUUAAAAAAAAAUAUCGGAAAACCAAUAAAGCUACACAUACAUAUCGAAAACCUUUACAAAAUGAAAUAAUCUUACGUUUUAAGGGGACUAGACACCAGAUAAUGCAAUGUCAGGAAAAAAAUGUCAAAAGACUUGCAUAAAAUUGAUAUCGUUUUGUACAAUGCAUUGAAUCAUUCUUACUAUUGUAUUACAUCGCUAACGUCAUAAAAAAUAUAUAUUUCGCGAUGUAUUAUCGGCCUCAUACUAGCUCAUAUUGACGAUUCUAGACUUGUUUUGAGGACAUUUUGCCGAUCUGGGGGUCAUCUGUGUUUAGUCCCUUUGAAACUUGAGUCUUGUUUUCUGUACAUCAUAAACAAUUUGAAAAACAUCAUGCGAUACUGUGUGAAAAAGAAAUCUGUAAAUCGGUUCGGUCAAACAAAA